AAGAUGUUGAAGUCGCGAUGAAAUUUUGAUAAGCGGAGAUUGUGGGCGGAAGUCUUGGCAUUCGCUUAGAUAAGGUUACGGGUGAUGACUAACCAAGUCUGGAGGCUCCCAUCCAACUCCCAUUUUGAUAAUCGCGACAAACAAUCAUUGCCGUACAUCUACAAUAUUAUAAUACUGGAUAUUUUGUUUUAUCCCCCCCCUUGAGGAAUUCCUGUUUCCCCGCUUCUCUGUGUGCGCCUGGCAGAAAGGACCACAUUGCUGCCAAAGGAAGGAGGAAGAAGAAAAUACAUACUUACAUUCCGCAUGGCGCACGGUUCUCUUCCGCCGCUGGCCCCCUUCCCCCCCGCCACAGUCCGAAACAUCCUCCAGAAUGAGGAAUGGACCGCCUGUUUAGAUGCCUGGAUAGCUCUUCUUGAGCUGCGCUUGAAGAUACCCAAGGACGAAUUUCAAUCAUUAAUUCCCAAAGAUGAUUCAUCGCGCAUCUUCCUGGCAUCCUUCUUCCAGGAGGCGGCAGCUGGAGAUGGCCUAGGUGCCGAUGCAAAAUUGAAAACACUAAGACGGCUAUGUUUUCUUCUUACAAGGAGACAGCUGUUAGAGGUUCAUCCGCCGCCUGCUGAGCUUCUAGAUUGGGAAUUUCUUGCAUCCUUUUGCCGCGUGUAUGUUUCUAGUCCUGCCAUGAGGACGCUUUUGGCUCAGUUAUGGGAUCAAGAAUCGCAAGCUCUUACCACCAGAAUUGAAAAGGGCAAAGCGCUGGUUAUGAAUGAUCUAUCAACUUCUAAGGCCGCAGACGGCAUAGCGAGGGCAGACACACAUCUGCGAUCGCUUACCUUCCUGGCAUUGGCGGUUCCCACCGCCGGUCUUGUUCUGAUGACCGGCUCUGAUUAUAUUGAUACGCUCUUUGAUGCAUAUUGCAAUAAUCGUAACAUGAACGCAACUUUCAAUAAGACUAUUGUGGCCAAUGCCUACGUGGGCUUUGCGUCGCUGCUGAAGUUGGAGCCCCCUGCGACGUCUCUACUCCUGGAUCAGCUAUUCAGUCUGAAAUCCUCUGCUAAAGUGGACGUGAAGGGAACCAAGAGGAACCCAACACUGUUAUCUGAUAUAAUAUGCAGUACCAAUUUAUUAGGGAAAAUGGAGGUACUUUUUGCGGGCGCGAGCCAGAAACGAGGGCAGAAUCUCGUCUCUUCGCUGCGCGCAUAUCAAUCUGAGUGUAGUGCCUUUCACAGCCGGUACCAGCGCGUUAAAAGGAGAAAAUAUAAAGGAAAAGGUCGUGCGGAUGAUGCAGUCGAAAUCGACGCGCAUGCCCAGGAUAUCCGCAUCCAUAAAAUGGCCCUAGUAACUCAAGUCCAUGACCUAUUCCCGCACCUAGGCACCGGGUAUAUUGCCAAACUUCUCGACCAUUACGGCGACAACGUCGAAACCGUCGUCUCACAUCUCCUCGAAGAUUCUCUAGCUCCCCAGCUCCAAGACCUCAACGUCUCAGAAGAACUUCAGCAACCACACGGAACUUCAUCUUCGCCUCACAGCCACCUAGCACCAAAACCCACACCACCACUCCCACCCUCCAUCCCCCCAUCCCAACCACAAUCACAACCACAACCUCAAGCACAUUCCACCAUCCCCCAGCGCAAAAACAUCUUCGACAACGCCGAUCUAACCCGCCACACGACCCCCGCCGGAUCCCUCCGCUACGGCCGCGCAAACCCCCACCAAACUGCCGACGACCUCCUUUCCCAGAAACCCACCAGGGCAAACAAAGCCGCCAUCCUCUCCGCUCUCGCCGCCUUUGACUCCGACGACGACGAGCGCGACGACACAUACGACAUGGCCGACGUGGGCGGCACCGUCGAUGCCGUCGUGCCCGGUGCAGACGUCGAUGCCGACGCCAUCGCCAACGCCGACAGACGGCCCGCAACUGCAUUUGCGUACGCUGACAUCGACCAAGCCCUCUACACCCACUACACGACCACACCAUCCCUCUUCGCGCGCGACGCCGGCACGCGCCGCUCAGCGCCGCGCGCGCAGUUGCGCGAGGAGACGGGGAUGACCGACGAGGCGAUCGAGGGGUGGGCGGUGAUGCUGGCGCGCGACCCGAAGCGGCUGGCGCGGAUGGAGCGGAGUUUUACGCUUGGUGCUGGGGGCGGGGGUCUGAAUCGACAGCCGGAGUUGGCGGCGACGGCGUAUCGGAGGCGGGAGGGCGGGGAGUCUGGGACGGGGACGGAGGGGGAGGAGACGGAUGGUGGGGGACGUGGCGGCGGCGGCGGCGGUGGUGGUGGUGGUGGGAGGGGACGGGGAGGGAGAGGGCAUGGUAGAGGUGGUGGUGGGGGUAGGGGUGGUAGAGGGGGCGGGGCCAAUGUAGCUGGCCCUUCUGGUGAGCGGGAUACUGCGAUGGCGAGACGGCGGAAGGAUGCGAGUAAGGGGAGUCGGGCGAAUCAUAAUCGGCGGGAUCAGAGGGCGAAGAAGAUGGCGAGGGGGGGAUUGUAAUGGCAAUAUGUUGGUGGGGUUGGCGCUCCCUUUUGUUUAUACUUCGUAACAUAUAUUAAGGGCACAUGUGGUCAUUGUAAAUAUAAAUAAGACUGUUUUGUACUAUCAUCUUGUCAUGUCUAUGAAAUAUAGAUGGGUGUGGAUGGGAUACAUAUAUGCAUCAACAUAUAUAUGUCUCUAUCUAACCGAUCUUCUAGUGUAUGUACGUGCCCGGGUAUGUAACAGAUUGUUGUGCAGUGCACGACGCUUCGCGACUGUAUAGCUCAAGAAGCGCCAAAUAAAUUCCCAAAAGAACAAAUUAAAAUCAACAAGUGGCACACAUACAAAACAGCCAGCGAUAAACACAGCAGAGUCGAAAAAAAAAGAGAGAGAGAGAGAGAAACCCGCGAACCGACGAGCAGAGAUUCCAACAUUAAGGAAACGACACAACAAAACCAGACGCCUCCAAAAACACAGCCUGAUCAUAUCAACAAAAAAAGCUAAGCAACACUGUCUAGACA